UAACAAAUAUUAAUAUCAUUUCUAUCAAAUUUCAUUUUUUCUUAAAUAUAUAUGUUUAUUAAAUUUUUCAUUUUCUUCUUAAUUAAUCUUAAUUAUUAUUNAACCACCCUAUCCACCUCCAGGUUAUCCGCCUUAACCAGGAUAAUAAGGCUAACAAAAUUAUCCUCCUUAACCAGGUUACCCUCCUUAACCUAAUUAUCCUCCAUAACCAGGAUAUCCUCCUUAACAAGGAUAUUAAGCAUAAUAAGGUGGGUGUCCUCCUUAUACUGGUUAUCCACCAUAAACAGGAUAUCCUCCAUAAUAAUAAUUAAGAUGUAAAUAUUAUAUUAAAAUUAAUCAGAGAUUUAAUUUGUUGUCAAUGCAUGGCCAUUAUUUAAUAAUUUUCCAGUUACAGUAACAAUAGAUGAUAAUUAAUAUGUUGAUACUCUAGUUAGAAAUGCAUGUUCAUAAGCAUUAAUAAAUUAUAAUGCUGUUAGAGGAUUAAAGAUAAAGCCAGGUUAAUCUAGAAACUAAUUUUGCAAGGUAUUUUAGUUAAAUUAAUUUCAGGCUGAAAUUAUUCCUCCAAAUAUAACAAUAGCUUAACUUGCUAAUUAACAUCAAAAAGGAAAUGAAAAAAUUUAAGUUCAUUUAGAUUUGAUGCCAUAGAUUGGAUAACCUAUUGCAUUAUCUCCUAAAGUCACUGGUUUUGAUUAUCAAUCAUUAGAUUAUUUUAAAUAGAAUCCUAGAGCUUUUGGAGAAUCUGUAUGUGCUAUGUUAAAUAGUGAUGGUGGAAUCUGUUUAAUUGGAUUGGGUUAAGAUAUGAAAAUUAAAGGAUUGAUGGUACCAAAUUCAAAAUAAGAAAUUUAAUAGACUAUUAUUUCAUUACUUAAGGAUCACAUCUAUCCUCCUGGAUUCUAAUCAUUAAUUAAAGUAUAUUAAUUUCAUUUAUUCUACAUAGUCUAAAAUACACCAUCUUAUUGAUUAAAAUGGAAAUAAGUCUCAGUUGUCUGGAAUUGUUGUUCAAGUAGAAAGAUGUCCAAAAACAGAUAUUGCCUUUACUUAUGAUUAUGUCUUUUUCUAUAGGAAGGGAAAUGCUAAUGAAAGAGCAUAUCCACAUGAAAUUACUAAUAUUUUAAGAUAGAAAAAAGGAAAGAUGGCUAAAUAAUUUAUCUUAACAUUUAAUAUUUGA